AUGACGAAGACUCAGACCUUCAGCCUGGUGACUUUUAUCUUGCUGGUGACUGGUGGGGUCACCUUUUCUGCUGAAAUUCCUCAAACACAGGAUGCUCAAGAUGAAAGUUUGAGCAACCAUGCAGAAGACCAGAGAAACGACCCUCCCGCCGUCGUUGCUAGCUUUGAGGACUGUGCAGCCCUCUAUCCUGUACUCUACUGGACCAACUCAGUUCAAGACGGAGUCUUCCCCAUCAAACCUGCAUCUUCAACCGACCACUUUGAUGUCUUCUGUGACAUGACUACAGAUGGUGGGGGAUGGACUGUCAUACAGAGGAGGUUUGAUGGGAAAGUCAACUUUAACAGACGUUGGGCAGACUAUAAAAAUGGGUUUGGAAAUAUCGAGGGGGAACACUGGCUAGGACUGGAUAAGAUUCACAACUUGACAGCACAUAAUGACUAUGAGUUUUACGUGGAGUUGAAAGAUUGGGAAGCUAACGUAGCCUAUGCUAAAUAUGCUACUUUCAGGACUGGAAAUGAGAGUAUGGAUUAUACACUGCACAUUGGGGGGUACAGUGGGAAUGCUGGGGACUCUAUGGCGUACAGUAAUGGUAUGAAAUUCAGUGCUACUGAUGUGGACAAUGAUGAGGACAGUAGUGGACACUGCGCUGAACACCUGUCAGGAGGCUGGUGGUAUAACAACUGUGCUCUUUCUGCGCUUAACGGUCCUUACUUCCAGCUAGGUGACUAUCACGGUACUGACACAGGGUGGGGCAUGUGGUGGUUCCACUGGAAAGGUUACUACUACUCACUGAAGGCCACCAAGAUGAUGGUUCGGCCUCGAAACUUCGUCCCCAAUCUGUGACUCAAUAGA